AUGUCUCUCGGUCCCGGCCCCAUCGUCGUGCUCGGCGCCGGCGUGAUAGGACUCACGACCGCGAUCCAGAUCCUCGAGUCGCCCGCCCUGCAAGAUCGCGAAGUGCACGUUGUCGCGGGCCAUCUGCCAAAUGACCCGCUUGACGCAACCUACGCCUCUGGCAUAGCCGGGGCGCACCACCUGUCCUUCGCGGACGACAACGACUUCAGGCAGAGACGGUGGGAUAUGGCCACGUUCCAUGCCUUCUCCGCCGAAUGGCGCGAACGCGGCGAGUCCACUGGCCUCAUGGCGCUGACGCAGACCGAGCUCUGGGUCGGGUCCAAGAAACACCUAAAGAUCUACGAGGAGCACCCAGAGUGUCUUGCGCUCUACGGUUCUGCACCGGCAGCCAUUGUGAAUUGCACAGGAUUGGGAAGUCUGACGCUCGGCGGAGUCGAGGACAGCAAGCUAUUCCCGACCCGAGGGCAAGUUGUCGGCUCUCUGGACGGCGGCGAGGGCGGAGAACGCACCUACGUCAUUCCCCGGUGUACCGGCGACGUGAUCCUCGGCGGCACUCGCGAGAUUGGGGACUGGACGCCGUUUCCACGCGCCGAGACCGCGAGGGACAUUCUGCAACGCACGCAGGAUAUCUGUCCCGAACUCGUGCCGGAGCAUUUGAGGGUGAAUACCUGCCAGACCAUCAGGGGACUGCACCACGCCCUCUUCGAAGGAGGGGGAGAGGUGAGGGGUCCGCUGGAUGGGAUCGUGAAGGAGCACCUCGUCGGCUUCCGGCCUUCACGAGAGGGUGGGACGAGACUUGAGCGCGAGGAGAGGGCUAUUGGGGGGAAGAGGGUCACAGUCGUGCAUAAUUAUGGACAUGGAGGGGCGGGGUGGCAGAGCUCGUGGGGAUGUGCCGUGGAUGUGCAGACCGUCGCCGAUGUGAUCAGGACGUGUCUCGGCCCCAAGGCCAUGCUCAAGAUGGUCCUCGACCCUAUGGGUGGUAUUCUCCUGACCAACGACGGACACGCGAUCCUGCGUGAGAUUGACGUCGCACACCCUGCGGCCAAGAGCAUGAUCGAGCUCUCGCGAACCCAGGACGAGGAGGUCGGUGACGGAACGACUUCGGUCAUUAUUAUCGCGGGCGAGAUCCUCGCGUACUCGCUGCCCCUGCUCGAGAAGCACAUCCACCCCGUCGUCAUCAUCCGCGCGUUCAAGGCGGCGCUCAACGACGCGCUCGCCACCAUUGACAAGAUCUCGGUCAAGGUCAACACGUCGGACGACAAGGAGAUGCUCGCGCUCAUCAAGACGUCGAUCGGAACCAAGUUUGUGUCGCGCUGGUCGGACCUGAUGUGCAAGCUCGCGCUUGACGCUGUCAAGACGGUCGCUGUGUCGGCCGAGGCUGAGAACAAUGUUGUCACCACCGGCGGCGAGGGCAAGAGCCCCGUUGACGUCAAGACGGUCGACAUUAAGCGCUACGCUCGUGUCGAGAAGGUUCCCGGAGGCGAGAUUGAGGACUCGCGCGUCCUCAAGGGUGUCAUGAUCAACAAGGACAUUACACACCCCAAGAUGCGCAGGAAGAUUGCCAACCCCCGUGUCGUCCUCCUCGACUGCCCCCUCGAGUACAAGAAGGGCGAGUCGCAGACCAACAUUGAGAUCACGCGCGAGGAGGACUGGAACCGUGUCCUCCAGAUUGAGGAGGAGCAGAUCAAGGCCAUGUGCGACAAGAUCAUCGAGUUCAAGCCCGACGUCGUCGUCACCGAGAAGGGUGUCUCGGACCUCGCCCAGCACUACUUCCUCAAGGCGAACCCGCCCAUCACCGCCAUCCGCCGUGUCAGGAAAUCGGACAACAACCGUAUCGCCCGUGCUGUCGGUGCCACGAUUGUGAACCGCGUCGACGACCUGCGCGAGUCGGACGUCGGCACGGGAUGCGGCUCGUUCCACAUUGACAAGCUCGGCGACGAGUACUUCUCCUUCUUUGACGAGUGCAAGGAGCCCAAGGCGUGCACGAUCCUGCUCCGCGGCCCGUCCAAGGACAUUCUGAACGAAAUUGACCGUAACCUCGCGGACGCCAUGGCUGUCGCGCGCAACGUCGUCUUCAACCCCAUCCUCGCCCCUGGAGGUGGUGCCACCGAGCUCGCCAUCUCGACCGCGCUCAUGGAGAAGGCCAAGUCGAUGCCGGGUGUCGCCGGGGCGCCGUACAAGGCGAUCGCGGAGGCGCUCGAGGUCAUCCCGCGCACGCUGAUCCAGAACUGCGGAGGCAACGCGAUCCGCACGCUGACCGAGCUGCGCGCGCUCCACGCCGAUGGCAAGAACUACAUGGGUGUCGACGGCGAGACGGGCAAGGUCGCUGACAUGCGCGAGUACGGCCUCAUGGAGUCUGCGGCGGUCAAGAUCCAGACGCUCAAGACGGCGAUCGAGUCGGCGACGCUGCUCCUCCGUGUCGACGACAUUGUCUCGGCGCGCAGGCCGGACGAGCCCUCCGGAGCGCAGGGUGUCACGCAGGGCUUGGAGGGAACCGAGGACCUCCAGCCGGACGGAGUCCAGAUCGCGUCCGCGCUCGACGUCACCGCCUCCGGGAUCGAUCGGCGGCGGCCCAGUCUCUCGCCCGCGGUCCCGUCGCCGGCCAUCGCGUCGCCCGUCGUCGCCUCCCCCUCUGCGCCGGUUUCGACACGCACAUCGCCGACCAAAACACACGCCACCCUCACCCCGCGUCCGAAGCGGCCUAGUCUUGAUCCGGACCUGCUCGGGAUCGGCGGGUCGGGCGGGAGGAAGUACAGCUCCCGCCGUGUGUCGGGAAACACCAGGCCGCGGGUUGCGUUGGGGCUGGAGGGGAUGGACGCAGACGACGUGCUCGAGACGCGGUACGAUGAGAUGGGCGACGCCGAGCUCCAGGCCGUGCUGGACCGAUGGGCCGUGAAGCCUUUGAACCUGGGGGCUGGGGUGGCCGACGACUCGUCGCCGUCGUCUUCGUCCGAGAUCGACAUGGACGUCGACGUACACGAGACGCCGCGCAGUGACCGGCGCCGACCACCGCUGGAAGCAACGCCCUCGCCGCAACAUGCGCAUACGGGCUCGCCGCUCGCGCCCAAGCUGACACGCAGCUCGAGCUCGAACCAGCCCCUCUUCCCCCCGUCUCCGCCGCAGGCACCGAAGAGUAGCGAACACCCGCUGAGGGUCCUGAGCAAGGCGGUGCGCGAGCUGAUGGCGAGCGUGUCGCGCCUCGAGGCCGAGAACGAGACGCUGCGGGAUACAGUCGCAGAGCAGGCCGCGCAGAUUAGCAGGCUUGCGCAGGCCAACGCACCCCUGCAGGCCAUGGCGAGCCGGCCGCGGAGUAUAAAGGACAGCGGGGAGAGGGAGCGGAGUGAGGCCGUCUCAGUGCCCAAAAGUGAUCAGGCGUCGAUCCACGACAGCCUCGCCGAUGCUCUUAGCACGAGCCUCGCGUCGCCGGGGAAGAUGCAGCUGAUGCUGAGCCCGGCACCUAGUGUGCAGAGUGCCCGUUCGACGAGUACGUCUGAGCGGCCCAAGUCGCGAGAAAGCCGACCGAGGACCGCGAGCAACGCGUCGCAUAAGACGUGGGGGAGUAUCUGGGGCUGGGGGAAGAGGCCGCGGAAGGGGAGUAUGGGGAGCACGACGGCUCUACCCGAGGAGGAGGACGAGGCGUGGCGGCGCGGAGACGGGGGCAGCACACCUGGUUUCCGCGCAGUCGUGCUCGCUACGCCGAAACUGGCGGAAUGGGCGCACGCGCUCGUCAGCAAUGCGCGCGACGAGGACAUCAGCGUGAAAGAGCCGCCGGGGCGGCAACGUGCUCGCUCUCGCGCCGCGAGCGUGUCGAGCGGCCCUCCAGCCCUGAACGAGCCCGAGGGAGGCGAUGUCGUGUCCGGUGCCGUGGCGGCUGGACGCAGCUUUAUCUCGCGCUCCAAGGCAGCGAUGGGGAUGGAUGACGCGGCCAAGCCGCCGAAACGCCCCGCUCUGCUUAGCAAGCCGAGCUCGCGUACGCCGACGACGGCAGUCACGCCCAGCUCUUCGGAGGUUAAUGGCCCGCUGCCCCCGCCGAGCGUGGAGCUUGCGUCCAUCGUUCCCGACGAAAGCCGCCCGCCGACGGUUCUGCUUUCCAGACAGAAUCUGGGCAGCUUCUUCACGAGCUCGAGGAAAGGGGCGCCGAGACUGUCCACGGCCACGCGGUUUACGAGCGACCAGCCGCCGUUGACGGACCGGUACGGAUUCAUUUACGACAUCCAGCACGCCAGCAUGCUGAAGGACGCGAGCCGGGUUGGCACGUCUGCACCCAUCUCGCUGACGGGUCACAAUCUCGAGCCGCCUGCCCUGUCGCAUGAUCCCGCCACGAUCCCUGUCUCGCCGAGGAGCGCAUCGCCCGAGCUGCCACAAACGCCCGAGACGACGUCGCCACCGAACGGCUCCGUCACGGUUCAGCGCCGCCGCAAACCGUCUCUGUACCGCUCGCUUGCGCCUGCCCCUUCGCGCCCGACGACGGGCAAGGACGAGGUCAGCGUGGCGGUGCGCGGUGGCGCGUCGCGACAUUCUGGGUCGAGCGCAUCAGCCGCGCUGGUCAGCGAGACAGGCACGCCGAACAGUGAGGGCGAGGGCUCCGCGUCGCGUCUAACCGUGUCGAGCCUGUUAGACCAGCUGACGGAGAUCCACGACCGGCAGCAAAAGACGCGCACGGCCGAAUGGGACGCGUUCCUGCGCAAGCGUGUACGAAGGGGGAAGGAUGUCGGCGUCUCGGGCGCCAUCAGCGCCAUCAUCCAUCUGCAAGGCAGCAGCAGCAAGAGCAGCCAGGAGGAGUAUAACAAGUUCCUCCGGCUCGUCCGGCGCGGCAUCCCCAUCGAGUACCGCAGCGACGUGUGGGCUGAAUCGUGCGGGGCGCGCGACUCGAUGGUCCCCGGCGAAUAUGCCGAGAUCCUCAGCGUGCACAAGGAGGACCAGAGCGCCGUCAUGGUCGACAUUGACAAGGACGUCGGGCGCACCUUCCCGGGCAACGUGUUCUUUGGCGGUGAUGGGCCGGGUGUCAAGAAACUCCGGAGAGUGCUCGUCGCGUACUCGUGGCACAACCCUGCUGUCGGAUAUGUGUCGGGCUCAGCUGACGAGACAGAACAAGCCUUCUGGGUGUUAGACAGCAUGAUUGACCGACUUCUGCCGACGGACUACUACGCGCCUUCGCUGCUGGGUUCUCGAGCCAACCAGCUCGUGCUCCAAGACCUGGUGCAGCUGCACAUCCCCAAGAUCUGGACGCACCUGCAAAACCUCUCCAUUGACCUGACCUCAAUCACGUUUGGCUGGUUCCUGUCCUUGUUCACGGACAUUCUCCCCGUCGAGACGCUCUUCCGUGUGUGGGAUAUCUUCUUCCUCCCCGCCGAACAGGGCGAGGGCGGGAACGCGAUCCUGUUCCGCAUCGCGCUCGCCAUCCUCAAGAUCAACGAGCAGGACCUCCUCCGCUCCGCGUCUGUGCCCGCCGUCUUUGAGUAUCUGUCCGGCAUCAAGCUCAGCUCCAAGCUCUGGAAUCCUGACAAGCUCAUCGCGCUCCAGCACAGCUACAAGGGCGUCAUCAAGGGAAAUGAGAUCCGGAAGCGUGUCGAGGACAAGAUUGACCAGCUGCAGCGCGAACUCGACCAGGACGACGAUUAG